AAAAACUGCCGAGUCUAACUUCAUUUGAUCCACCGGCCGCCGCCGCCUCGCCGGCCGCCGCCUCGACGUGUCUUUGAUGAAAUGUGAUCUGAAAAGGGACCUGAGACUCAUGACUCACGGGCUGCUGAAUGUUUGGCUUCAAAGAAGGGAAGCGGAAAACACAGCCGAUGCCUCGGGUAUAAAGAGCGGACAGCGCACGACGUACUGAAGUCAAGAAAUGGUUUUUGCCAUCAACAAAGAUGGACAAAAAUGGAGGAAAAAUGAAUAAAGAUGUGAGAAAGCUUUGAUAACAAAGGAUCAAGAAGGAUAAACCAUUGGACGACCGCCAAAGAACUCAAAGAGCGGAUCAACAAAGAAUCGAAGCGGAUAAAGCCGAUAAUGAAGGGUUGCAGUAACGGAAGAUCAAUGAAGAACAAGAGUUUAGAAGUCCUGCUGAUCCAUCUGGUAGAAUCAGCGAAGGGCCUCGGAUUAGCGUGAUCUUGACGCACUUGUGCGAUGGCGUUACAGGACCUGUUGAAAUCCCGGGGCGACGCUCGGUCCGCGAGCUUUUUGGACUUUUGCGUCCCGGUCGCUGAGCGCCUUAGAGAAAAUCCCCUGCGGUUCUGCAGCAGCACGAUGACGCACCGUCCGCCUUUCGCCAUGUCUCACGGCACCACAACUCUGGCGUUCACCUUCCAGGGUGGCGUGGUGGCGGCGGCUGACACCCGCUCCAGCUGCAACGGCCUGGUGGCCAGCCCCGACGCCGAGAAGGUGAAGCCCAUCCACAGCCACCUGGUGGCAACCAGCUCGGGCACGUCGGCCGAUUGCGCCUUCUGGAAGCGGAUCCUGGCUCGGGAGCUGCACCUCUACCGGCUGCGCCACGGCCGGCUGCUGUCCACGGCCGGCGCCGCCAAGCUGCUGUGGCACAUGCUGCUCCCGUUCAAGGGCACCGAGCUGUGCGUAGGCACUAUCUUGUGCGGGUGGGAUGCCAGCGGCCCCGCCAUCUUCUACAUAUGCAGUGACGGCACGCGCCUCCGGGGAACGCUCUUCUCCGUGGGCUCGGGAUCACCUUACGCCUACGGCGUGUUGGAUCAAGCGGUAGAGUGGGGGAUGACGGCGGAAGAGGCCACGCGGGUGGCGAGGGAGGCGGUGCACAGAGCCACCCACAGGGACGCCUACUCGGGCAAUUGCGUGGACAUCUAUCGCGUCACAUCCACGGGGUGGACUCGCAGGGAGCGGGAGGACUUGAAAGACGAAUAUUACAGAGAGAACAAGAGCGCUCAGGUGGGACAUGAUCAAUUCUGAAAGUAAGACCAAAUUGGCAAAGAGGCAUGCUAGACGAGUAGUCCCAAGUCCGGUCCUGGAGAACCUUUAUCGUUUUAGAUGAACUAAACUCACCAGUGACUUAUGCAACUCUGACUUCUGACAGGGUAUUUUUCACAUGCUAAUGUCUGCUCCAUGCGCCUAGUGACUGCUUUUAUUUUGUGUUUGCUUGUUCUGU